UUCCCGCUGUUUUGAAUUUGGUUGCACCAAAUAUGCGAUGUCCGCAGGAGUGCGCGCUUCUUCUGCUGCUCAACUUUGUUUUCAUUUUGGCAGCUGGCCACGUAGAGCACUUUGACUCCAGCAUAUUUCAAACUCUCUUUGCAGAACAAGGUCAUGGUUCAACCAUUGUUCACCCAUUCAAAAUCAGUGCAGAUGGAGCAUUCCUCUCCCACUCCCUCUCUCAUCACUUCAGCAGCCAACGAGUUGGGCGUGACCUUCGAACCCACCUUGUAGGGGACCAAGUCUACUACAAGGUUGACUACAAGGGUGACACCUUAGUGUUUAACCUGAGUGCAAACACUAAGUUAGUGUCACAUGACUACACUGUGGAGAGGAGGAACGGAGUGACCAACAGGACAGAGCAUCGUUCAAACAAACUCAACAACUGUCACCAUGUGGGCACUGUGACCACCUCCAAGACCAUGGGAACAUCUGCCAUCAGCACCUGUGAUGGUCUGAGAGGCUUCUUUUCCCUUCCAGAGGGCUACUACUUCAUUGAGCCUGUACAGGAACCCUUUGGCCAUUCUACUGGAGGUCCAGAGCCUCACGUGAUCUACCCAAAAACUACUGCCACCUCCAACAGAAAAAAACGAAGUGAUGCUGGAGAUUCACACAGCCCCUGUGGGGUUCAAGACAGUCCCGAGGAUUGUGCACAAGUGGAGAGGGAGAGGGAGGAAUGGGACCGAGAGCAGCAGAAACAGCCAGUACAGUCUCGGCAGCAGCGCUCCGUCAGCAGAGAGCGCUGGGUGGAGACUAUGGUGGUGGCUGACUCCAAACUUAUUGAGUAUCAUGGAAGUGAUAAUGUCGAGUCAUACAUAUUCACUAUCAUGAAUAUGGUGGCUGGCAUUUUUCAUGAUGCCAGUAUUGGCAAUGCUAUCCAUGUCAUCUUGGUUCGACUUAUUCUUCUUCAAGGAGAAGAGAAAGGGUUGAAGAUUGUUCACAAUGCAGACACCACUUUGGCCAGUUUCUGUGCCUGGCAGAAAAAUAUAAAUCCACAAAGUGAUACACACCCAGCUCAUCAUGACCUCGCUGUGUUGGUUACUCGAAAAGACAUCUGUGCUGGAAUGAAUCAGCCCUGUGAGACUCUGGGCCUGUCUCAUCUGUCCGGAAUGUGUCAACCUCAUCGAAGCUGCAACAUCAAUGAGGAUUCAGGGCUGCCUGUCGCCUUCACCAUUGCUCAUGAGAUGGGCCAUAGUUUUGGGAUCCAUCACGAUGGCCAAGGGAAUGACUGUGAGGUGGAUGGGAGGCACCCGUUCAUCAUGUCCAGACAGUUAAUGUACGACAGUUCGCCCCUCACUUGGUCGUCCUGCUCCAAAGAGUACAUCACCCGCUUUCUGGAUCGAGGUUGGGGAUUCUGUCUGGAUGACCGUCCAUCAAAGAAAGAGCUAACCACUCCACUGGCAAACUUGGGUGUGCGGUACACCACACAGCAUCAGUGUCAGCUUCAGUAUGGGCCCAAUGCUACCUUCUGCUCUGAAGUGGAUAAUGUCUGUCAGAUCCUUUGGUGCUCUGUGAAUGGCUCCUGUCGCUCCAAACUUGAUUCACCCAUAGAUGGAACACGUUGUGGGCCAGGAAAGUGGUGUAUCUCUGGAGAGUGUGUGAUCGUGGGGAAGCUGCCUGAGACGGUGAAUGGAGCCUGGGGCCCAUGGAGCUCCUGGUCCUUCUGCUCCAGGACCUGUGGCACCGGGGUCCAGUCUGCAGACAGAGAGUGCAACAGCCCCAAGCCUGAAUUUGGGGGUAAAUACUGCACAGGGGAGAGAAGGCGCUAUCGAACCUGCAACACAAAACCCUGCCUGAAUGAACAACCAUCAUUUAGAGAAAUGCAGUGCAGUGAGUUCAACACGGUUCCCUACCACAAUGAGCUUUAUCAAUGGAUACCAGUCACCAACCAUGUAAAUCCUUGUGAGCUGCACUGUCGACCUGUGAACGAGUACUUUUCAGAGAAGAUGCUGGACACUGUGACUGAUGGGACGCCCUGCUUCAUGAACAACAAGUCUCGAAACAUCUGUGUGAAUGGAGUGUGCAAGGAGGUGGGCUGUGACUUUGGCAUUGAUUCGAAUGCUGUGGAGGAUCGCUGUGGAGUGUGUUUAGGAGAUGGCUCCAGCUGUGAGACAGUCUACAAUCGCUUUGAUGAAGGAGAAGGCUUUGGAUACAUAGACGUGGGCGUGAUACCUGAGGGGGCACGGGACAUCCUGGUGACCGAAGUGGAGGAGGCAGGUAACUUCUUGGCAUUGAAGAGCCAUGACUCAGAGAAGUACUUCCUCAAUGGAAACUACAUCAUCCAGUGGAACGGAGAGUACGAGGCAGGCGGGACCACGUUCUACUAUGAGCGAAUGGCGAACAUGGAGAACCUCACAGCACCAGGUCCCACGAAUGAGCCAGUCAUCUUACAGCUCCUAUACCAAGAAAACAAUCCAGGUAUAAAGUACGAGUACACCAUCAAAAAGGCUAGAAAGACUGGAAAUGAGAUCACAGAUGUUAUUUACACAUGGAGGCAUGGGGCUUGGACACACUGCAGCGCCACAUGUGGGCUAGGUGAGCAGCAUCAGCCUGUGCGCUGUGUUGAGGUGGAUGUGGGGGUAGUGGACGACUCAUUGUGUGACCCAGAAACACAACCACAAGACCGAUACAGAAAAUGCAAGAAUAUGGAGUGUCCCGCCAGAUGGUGGGUUGGGGGCUGGCAGCACUGCACUGCCACCUGUGGGUCAGAGGGGGUUCGCUCACGGACAGUGUUGUGUGUCCGCACAGUCUCUGGGGAAGAGACUGUGCUACACCCUAUCGAGUGCAAACAUCUGCUCAAACCCAAACGUAUGAUCCCCUGCAACAGGGACACCCCAUGUGGACAAGAGUGGACCAUUGGAGAGUGGGAAGAGUGCCCAGUUACAUGUGGUGGAGGAGUCCGCUCUCGCAGCGUUACCUGUGCUCUUGCCCCAAAGAAGAGCUGUGACAUGUCCUCCAAACCUCGCUCACGCUCUCUGUGUGGACUGCAGAGCUGUCCUAGCACAGGUCUACGGAGACGCCCUGGACCUCCUCCUAAAUACCGCCGGCUUUACCCCCCAAAGCGCCAACCCACCAAACCUUCAGACUUAACUUCUACUUGGUUUCCCACGGCAACCACAUCCACAGCUGCUCCAACUGUUUACAGUCCAACCACCAGACAGUCUCCUCUCUUUAAUCCCACCACCUCAACUGUGAACACAUCAGUCUUUAACAUUACAGACAUACUUGAUCAUGCGUUUGAUGUUGUGCGGACAGAAAAAGAAAGGUACCACAUUCCUACUAAAGGCAAUUAUCCUAAAAGAAGCAAAAAUACAAAAAAUCCAGAAAAUUCCAGAAAUAAGAUGCAAGAGGAAGAAGAGGAGGGCAGUACUCCCAAUGUAUUGAUGUACACGCCUGGUUAUGACUACAUUGUUGAAGACAGAACCGAAGAGGAGAUAAUUGACUUGGAUAUUAAAACAACAACUGAAGCCAAACCAAUGAUUACAAUAGACACGGCUACACUUACUACACAGACCACUACAGUGACCACCAGGAGACCUCAGCCUAAGUCCACUCUUCGCAAUAACAAAUACAGCAAAAGAUUCUCCAUUACAACCCCAAAGAGUGUAACAUCUUUGAGUUCUGACUUCUCCACAACACAAGCCCAACUCACAACAACCACACAACCCAUAACCACAACAACAUGGUUCCAGCCAACAGUAAAGAUCAUAAAACCUAAGAAGUCAGCAGUCACACCAAAAGACAAUACAGGGACUGCCAUAUCAAAAAAGAAGGAAAAGGGAAAUCGCUCCAAGAAACAGAACAUCUCCACCAACAACCAGAGCAACCUAAUGGCCAGAGAAACUGUGGUUAAGGACUUCACCUGGAUUGUUGGAAACUGGAGUGAGUGUUCGACCACAUGUGGGAUUGGUGCAAUGUGGAGAACAGUGGUUUGCAGCUCCCAGAAUGAGGAGGACUGUUCACACACAGAAAGACCUGAGCCUGCACGUACCUGUCACCUGCAGCCCUGUGCCACCUGGCAAAGUGGCAGCUGGAGCAAGUGUCCAGAUGAGUGUGCUGUUGUGGCACGCAGACACCGGGAUGUCCAGUGUGUGGAUUCUCAGACUAGAAGACCCCUGAGACCCUUCCACUGCCAGGCUUUGUCUACUAAACCAGUCAGCACUCUGACCUGUCCCCGCAAACUCUGCCUGUCCUGGACCACAUCCCUAUGGGCCCCUUGUUCAGGAAGCUGUGGUGAUGGUGUUCGUGAGCGACUUGUUUAUUGCCCAGAGGCAAACCGCUGCAGAGACUCUAUAAGACCAAACAGCACAGAGCCAUGCACACUGAAACCCUGUGUUCACUGGACAGCCAAAGACUGGAAUCAGUGCUCAGCGAGUUGUGGUGAAGGUCAGCAGCAUCGUGAAAUCACAUGUACAAGUGUAGAGGAUGAGACAGUAAUGACCAGUGACCUUUGUGAAAAGAUGCCCAAACCAAAUACACUCAGGAAAUGUAAUGAACACGACUGUAAAGACAGUACUGGCUCAUUUUGCAAGAAGAACACCAUGUCAUCUCGCUUUUGUGACAAAUUGAAGCUGCUGGGUCGCUGCUCUCUGAGGUCAAUCCAAAAACAGUGCUGUGUGACCUGUGGGCCCUAAUCACACCGAACAGGCUGUGCUGUUAUCGCAUUGUACUGUUUUAUACAGACUCAUCCACACCCAACUAUGACUGCAUUUGUAU